AUGUUUAUAACAAAAGAGGCCAAGGCCCCUUUACUUUUGCCAUUAUACAGAGUUUACGAAAGUAACAACAUUUUUUUGUGUCAAGGAAAAGUAAUAACAGGGCCAAAUAUAUUUCAUCUAAUAUUCACAUAUUUAAUCAUAAUAAUUUCCGUUUUACCUAUCUAUGUAAUUAUAUGCCCGUAUAUAGAAAGCUACACAAUAUUGGGUUGCAUCAUAUCCGCAUUAACAGUCUUUUUUAUUCUCGUUUUAUUUUUUUUAACAACAACCGCAUUUUGUGACCCUGGAAUAAUUCCAAAGAAAAACUAUGUUGACUUGGCUUUACCAAAAGGAAGAACGGCUUUCACUACUGCAAAAAUAAAUGGCACAGUUAUAAAGCAAUUUUGGUGUGUUCACUGUAACCAUUUCAAGGAGCCAAGAAGCAAACAUUGCUAUACGUGCAACAAUUGUGUUACGAAGUUUGAUCAUCACUGUGUCUGGUUAGGAAAUUGUAUAGGAAUAAGAAAUUAUCGAAAUUUUAUUUUCUUUAUAUUCAACUUAUCGAUACUUUCAACAAUAAUAUGUUUUACGUUUAUCGGAAUUUUUGUGAGUUUAUGUAUUAAAGAAUAUGAAGGAGUAAAAAUAUCAGCAAUUUAUAAUAUAAUAUUUGAAUUCCCACAUAUCGCUUUGUAUAUAAUUUAUACGCUUGUAUUGUCUCUUUUAUUAAUCAAUUUGUUUAUUUACCAUUUUAAAAUUAUACUUUUAAACAAAACGACAUAUGAAGACAUUCAGGGAUCGUAUGCAGAAGGUAGUCCCUUCGAUGAAGGAAAAUUUACAAACUUAAGAAAGUUCUUUUUCACACCCACUAUCAAAAAGCAAAUAAAAUGGACAGAAUGUGUUAAAGUAACAUUUUAA